UGGUGAUGUGAUGAUAGGGAUUGGGUGGGUGAAUGGUUUCGCCCGGAUUUCUCGUUUUAGCACCCCCGCAAAACACUUAUUUCACCUUAAUAAUCAAAUGAGUUUCCGCUCUCAAAUUACGGCCGCAAUCUGUUUAACCCGGCCGUAUCUUAGCCGUAUUCCUAGCACCUGGGGAGGGGCCAUCUGCGCCUGUCUAUAUGUCUUGGGGGAUCCCAAGUGCCGCUAUAUAUGAGAGGUUAAGUGGGUGGGGUGUGGGAUGCUGCCCCUCCAGCUCGCCGUGCAGUGCCCACGGUGUCGACAGAAGCAGCAGCAGAAACACACAGAGUGCGAGGCAAGUGUUCUCAUUAUCCUCGUGCUCUAAUUUUUACAGCGGUUGGCUCUGUGGUGCCACGCACAGUGGGUCGAAGGCGAUUUGUCUCUUGGGGUGGGCACUUUCCACCCGACUUAACCCAGAGAACAUAAGGGGUUAAAUAAUCAACGACAGAAUCUGCAAUUUUAAUGGCUGGAACGCUACUUUGAAGAUUGCGUUUAAUGUGUAAAAGCAAUUUAAAUUUCAGUCCCUUGAUAGGGCAUAUCUCCUCCUACAUUGCUUUGUUUCUUACAAAAUAUUAAAAAAAUCAGUGGCCUUUGCUUGGGGUUUUAUAUUAAAUGAAAUUGAUUUAUUCGACUUUAAACCCCGUUUCACAAAAUGUUAUUGUAAUCGUUGUAAACUGACGAAAAAUUAGAUAUACGAAUAUCAUUACUGCAGUAGCUCUUCACUUCUAAUAAAUAAAACUAUUAAUUACAGAGUUUAAGUCCACACAUCGGUGGAUAAAUGAAAUUUGAAUUGAAAUAAUAAUUCGAUUGAAUCUGUGCUGGACAUGUUCAACAAUCGGAAACCUCUUUCCAACAUUAUUUCCAACCCAUAUGAGUGCCUAAUGAGCUCUUGGAAAAGUCAUCGCGGAAUAAAUUAAUUAAGUGCUUUGAAAAUGAGAACCAUUCAGUUGCAUUCCUGAUUUACGCCAACUAUCACAAAGUAUAGAGUCGCGUUCGGCACUUGACUGUCAAUAUAUCCAAAUGGAUUUCACAGGCCAUUGCACACUCCUCCAAUCCCACUUCUGAUCAUUCCCACAUAGGGAAGCCACCCACAUCAUUGCCUAGCCCACUGUGCCCCCAGGGUCGUUGAAACAUCAUUUACGUUAUAAUUCUUAUUGAAAUACACAUUUGAAUUAACAGCUCCCGCUUCGGUGCUGGGAUGGGCUGGGUGCGGGUUGGAUUGUAGGCCAGGCCAACCAGGCCAGCAGGAGCCAGGCUGGAAAAGGAACUGCUGGGCAGGCAGCUUAAUGAAUUCAUGUUCGGACACAGGCUGCACACAUCGAAUCGGAUGGCAUGGGACUCCCAUCGACACACGGCUCGGUUGCUCCUUCUUUUUGUGUUCCUGUAUUUUUAAUUAUACACACGUCGCAACCAUUACAUUCCAUUCGGUAUUGUUGUCGCAUCUAGAUGACCUGCACUCGGAAAAUAGUUAUAGCCUAAGUUUGAUCUCAACUAACUAGUGACCUUUUAAAACUGGAAACUGUUAAUUCAGCCGUUUAUAAACAGUCAUCCGUAGAUCAGCGAUAAAAACUUAAGACAUCUCCAUACAUAGUAAGGCAAUAAUCUUCUGAGUGAACCCACUGAAUUCUACCAGAACCAUUUAUGGUAUUUCCUUACUAGCCCAUAUCCAAUAGUCAAAUUGUCUAUAUAUUUCACACAUAUAUAUAUAUUUUCAAUAUAUAAAUGGUUUGUAUCAAGGCUUUGGAAGCUAAAUCAAAUGUGUAGGAAAAAUAUUUUCCCACUCUUUUACCAACGAAUGUUCUUUUCGAGCCUUUUAGGCCAUCAAAUGUUUUGAGCGUGACUCCACCUGCAGUCCCCAUUCGCAUUCGCCAUGUCAGUUGCCUGGCUGCGUCAGCAGGAGCAGACAUUCGGCUCCUGGCUGUGGCUGUGGCUGCGGCCCCGGAUCCUCAGAAACCAACUCCCAUCAACGGCAUCAACAUAUCACCAUCAUCGAUGCCAGCCGGCAAACGAGUAUCCAGCCAAAAUGUUUGGUUUAAUUGGUUUUGUGUUCGGCAUUGAAUGGUUUAUGGGCCGCAUGUGUCUGUCGGUGUUAUUGUUGUCCUAUUCCACAACUGGAGAUGUGCAGAGAUGGAGGGGAGAUGCCUUUUGGGCCUUCAUGUUUCUUGUCGCAACUCUUCUAGCCACGUGUACAGUACGUCUGUGUCGUUCUGUCAAUUUCGGUAAUGUAAAUUCAGACAUGUCCUUGUUUCAUUUGCAUUCGUAUGUAAUUUAUGUGCCAUUCCCGCAGAACUCCCGUCACAUUUCCUCACUUUUUAGGGUCGGAGGUCUGAUGUGGUGACAGCUGCGUGUCUGUUUGUAAUGGAUAAGUGUUUCCGUGUUGCGUAAUUAGCACGAGAUUAACGAACUCUCAGGCACCAAACAAAGGGCUUAUUUGGUUUGACUUUUGGCAUGCUCCAAAGGGCGCUUUUGUCAGGGAUAUUGUAUAAAAUUGGUGAAAUCUCUGCUUAUCCUUCUAAUUCUUAAAUAAAUAACUAAAGAUUACUUCUCUGGGGAAAAAUAAUCUAUGAUAACUAUGAUAUCUAUGAUAAAAUGUUAGAACCUUUAUAGACAUAUAAGAUUUCUAAUAUUAAUAGUAAUCUAAAAGCCAGUUUUAUACCUUUAAAAGGUUAAAAUGUUUGGACAAAUUUUUAAAGAAAUUAUUGUUACCAGCAGAUGUCGCCAUGUGCCAAUCUAUUGGCGCCAUCUGUUGCGGAAACUAUAUUUUUGAAAGAAUAUCUUUCAAAUCUCAGUCCAAACUCAGUUCUCUAGAUAUCGACGUUUAUAUGGAAAAAUCAGGAAUUUGUUCACCUUAGUAAGCGGUAUAAAAAGAACUUCCUUUGGAGCUAGAAUGUCCCACAAAAAUAUAUUUAAAAACGAGAUCCAAGUAGGUCUGAAACAAAGUUGUCAUUAUCGCCUGACUUGAACUUUAAAUUUCAGUUGACAUCACUCGGUGCGGAAAGGGGUAAUACCUUUUGAAAAUGGUUUCCGAAUUAAGAUAUCCUUUCUGCAGAGAGUCUUUCCACGAUGAAACAAUUCGCGCUGACGACCUGCAUUCGCCGCAUCUGGAUCAUGUCCGGUUGGUUGCGCCAAGAGGCGGCUAUAGCUGCUGGUAUGUUGGUGGUGCAGCGUCAUGAGGUGCAGAAGAGGGGGGAGGAGGAGCUCAAGGUUGAGCAGCAGGUGGCAGCCAGCGGCGGAAACGUGGGCGUCGACUCUGAAGGAAGACUCCGCCGUGUGCGCUUGCUCGACGACUACAUUCUGCCGUAUGAGUGCGGAUUCUGAUUCCUCAAGGCUUAACUCCCGUUCUCCGAUCUGGUUGUGCGCUUUAACAUGUCCUAUAUCCUUAAGUUAGUUUUUUUCGCUUUUUGGAGGAUUUCGCUGUCCACGCUUAGGGAGUUCAAAAAUGAAACGAGGGAGACUCUUUCGAGGAGACAAAAUCACCGAAUUGUCAACGAAGUGGAUACUCCACCUGACCGGGCAAUAGAAACCUUUGAAAUCCAAGGAACGGCUCCGAAAAUCUGUCAAACUUGGUUUAUGAAAAAAUUUUAUUUUUAAAAAUUAGUUCGCGUUCAUCGCUGUAUUUUUGCGAAUUUAAAAUUAAGCAAUAUUGGUAUCGAAAUUAUUAUAAAGUUGCUCCAAAAUGUCAAAAUAAAUAUUUUAGAGAUGGAA